ACUGCUGGUGCUUCAUGCUGAAAGUGAGAAGCUGGGAGUCGGACAUUAGUCUGACUGGGUCUCCGCGUCACAAGCUAGAAGGGUCGUGUUUCACCGCUACUUUCCAACUAUCUUCAAAUUGUAAACCCGCCUUAACUCGCGCGGCUAGAAUGCUGGACCAUUGCGGACUCUCUGCACGGUUUCUUUUACAAGUAUCUGCUGACUGACAGCUUCAGUUUUUCAACUACUGCGGCUGGAGUGAGAACAAAGGAAGCGUUCGCGGCGGAGAUGUGUAAAUCACGAACGGCAUCGUUAUGACUCUGUCGACAAAAAGCUAAACUUUGGAAUUACGCCACUCCACUGUGGAUGGAACUUUAAGAAUUACGGUUUGACUUCACUUCCAUCGGAAAAUGGCAGUAUACUUUCUUUGUGUCGCCUGGUUUUUUGCAUCAACUCCUACUCUGGCACAGAACUUCAACUUCGUUCCACCAUGGGAACAGAUCGGUUCUGUGAUUGGUCCAGUCCCUGAGUACAGGCCCCUCUGUGAGUUAGUUAUUCUGCCAUCCACAAUGCUGGAAAUGAACGAGGGCGAAACUUUGUUCCUAAACUGCAAGGCAAACUGUAGAGAAUUAACCCGAUCAUUACACUGGGAGGAUAAUGCCGGAAGACGAGUACCGGAAGUGCAGCCUGCUUCUCGGAGGUAUAGCAAUGGAGCAAGAUAUUGGCUUGGCUUUCUUCGGUUGGAGAUUGGAAAUCUGCAACCAAAACAUGAGGGAAACUAUCUAUGCAAAGGAUACUUCGCUGGAAACUGGAUAAUACGUACAACGUACUUAAAAAUAAAGCCUCGCUACCCAGCAACCACAGUUACACCAGGCCCAACAACUACAACUACGACGACAACGACGACCCCUGCGCCAACGACUACAAUGUCCACGACAACCUCAACAAGUUCCUCGACGCCCUCCACUUCAGCACAAUCACCAACUUUCACAUCCUCGACAACAACAACUUCUGAAGUAACAACAGCUACACAGGCUUUAGCUGUUGCUGAUCGAAUCCUCGUGGGUUCGUCAACUUCUUCGGAUUCUUUCACAUCGGGAUCAUCUGAAGCCACGUCAUCGGCAGAGCCACGGGACGGUCUUCCUUCGCAAGAUUCCACAAGAAAUCCUACACAGAGCAACACAGAAAUUGACGUUACGCCGUUUGGUAAUUUGGCAACAGCUGCUGAAGGCCUGGCGUCUGAGGAGCCGUUGCCUGUAGCUACUUUACCAAAUCCAUCACCCUCCGAAACUUCCCCAACGGAUUUAUCCUUGCAAAAUUCGUCAAUAUUUGACACACGCGAAAGGACACCCGAUGAAUCUCCAUCACCCAUGUUAUCAGACGAUACGUCUGUAUUGGAAACAUCAGCAGAAGAGUCAGCUACGGAAAUCCCACAGCUUGAGAUUUCUUUCGCUACAACAGCCACAGUAUCUACCGAAUUAACCGAGAUACAGUCUAGGGAGGUGGUGGACACUGGCUCGGACGCUAACUCAAGCAGAUCCCUCCUUGAGAGCGUUGACACAGAUUUAGAAGAGAGUGACGUUAAUCUAGAAGAAAAUAUACGAACUGAGAUUAUAAAUGAAUCCAUCCAGAAUGCGCGCACUGGUGUUGUCAAUGUCAUACCAGACUUUGCAGCUGUCCCAAUCAACCAACGAAGGAAAAGAGACAGUAACUCUCCGGUGGCCAUUGAAAACAAGGUUACUGCGGAAAGGGUGGAUCUGAGAAAUGCUUCGGAAAGUACCGCUCAUAACGGUUCCAUGAUUUUUGACGAUGCGAUUUAUGCCUGUUCUGGAUUUGGCCCAACGGCCAUAGCGACUAUUGCAAUCUUAGGUGCCUUUUGUCUGAUACUGAUCUAUGCUUUUAUACUAGUCUUGUGCUUGCCACGCAUCCGGCGAAAGAAGACUGUCCAAAUUUCAGAGAAAAAAUUGGAAGAGGGGGAAGGUGAAGGGAUCGAAAUUAAGGAAAAACCUGAAAGUGUUCCACCUGGUCCCAACGGUAGAAUUAGCCAUUGCGAAGACACUUUGACAACGGUUGACAUUAAUAACACUGAACGUAAUGCGGACGAAGCAGCGGCUGCGACAAACGAAGAUAGCAAGAACGAACCCAUGGGAUUGGCUGAGGCUGAGACACACAACAAUCCCGAGGAGGUUCAGCCAAACGUAAAUACUACAGACGAAAUUGUGGAGGAGAACAAAGAAACACCAGCAGAAGAAAGCGAGCCCGUAAAACCCAUCUUGCCACCGCCACCUCCCCCUGCACCCCAUCAUGACCAUGGGCUACAAGAAGAUAAGGAGGUAAACGAGGAUCCCGUGGAAACACGUCCUGUUGGAGAGAUUACCCCAGAGACAAGUCCUCAGAAGGAGCCUUCACCACCCCCCACUUCAUCUCAUGGCGAGCAUAUUGAGCUAGAUGUCAGCCCACAGCAACACGUCCCUGUUUUUGAUGAACUGGAACCUCAGGAGAUGAUUGUCAAGGAAAGCAUUGUAAAUGGCGCUAACGUAGAGCUGGAAGAUAAAUCCGUGGACACUGUAGAGCUAGAGUCUCAGGAUAUCGAGGAACCUUUUGAUACCACUCCACCAAUGAUCAGUCCGGAAGGGGAGGAGCCACCAGUUGAGAGGCUAUCUCCUGUGGCAGUACCGCCGGAGGUUAAAGGCAGUCCACUUGCAGAUGAAAGGCUCAGCAAUGGUGUGGAGAUGUCUUAUAACGAACAGGAUUUGGCUCCAGAGAGAGAUGAAAUGACCAAGUCGAUUGAAGACUUGCCCCCGCCUCCACCUAUUCCUCCCCACCGUACGCCUCCACCACCCCCACCCCAUGCUGAUGAGAUGAACGCGGGCUUAGAGGCACCGGAUGUAGUGUCAUCGAAUGUCACUGCCGUGUGAGCUGGAGCAAAGCCUGCAGAAGACACUCAAAUAAGUGUCGUAAAUGCCGAUGCUAUGCAUAAUGACGAUGUGAUGAACAAGUGCCACGCAGUAUUGGCAAAACUACCACCACAGUUGUCGCAAAAUAAAAUGGCAUGCCAUUAACCAGGUGUGACGUGGCAAUUAUUGUUAUAUGGUGGUGAAGACAACUUCCUUCGAAAGUGUCGGAGACAGGUUUACAUCUGUGUCAUACUUGGGACCAGGCUUGAUCAGCUUGAUUGGGAUGGACUAGACCUGUGUAUUCUGACUAGGCUUACCAUCAGUUUCAAUGGGAUGACAUUCAUCAUGAAUUCAAAUUCUGGAGUGCCUUAUUUUAACGGGUCUAAUGGUGUCCAGGCAUGGCCAUUUGCAUGGUGUUGCGUUGUCUCAACUUAAUCAACUUUUUGAUCUGAAACAGACUUGCAAACAAAUCUACGACAAAAGAUGAUAAGGAUUCUAACUGUGAAAUAACCUCAAUGACUGGUAUUCCAUGGUUACUGGAUGUAACGGCCUUGUUUACUGCCAAUUUUUUUUUAUAAGUGCCUUCUAAAGGGAUGCAUUGAGCUCUUUCUUAUGGUCUCAAGGCAUUGAUUAUACGCCGUAGAAGAAAAACUGUACACAAACACAAUAUGAUCUUAAACUUUUAUAUUAGAAAUAUGUAACUUUAUUUAUGCCAACAAAAGAAAUUGUGUUGAUAUUAAUUUUAUUUCAUAUAUUUAGGGAAAAGUGUUUUAUAUCAGUCAAAGUUUUUCCUUAUAUAAGUGUAUUAUUUCAUUGUUUAAAACAUAUUCAUAUGCUGCAAUGAUAUACGAUUUUAUAGCCAAUGCCAUCUGGCAUUAGGAAACCCGCUGCAAGUAUAUUAAAACGUGAGAGAUAUGAAGAAGAACAGGUUAUACUGAUAACCUGUAAACUGUCAACUGUUUGUCGAAGGACGUGAAAAUUCUGCUUUUACGAUGUUUUGCCGUUUUCGAUCUAUGGGCUCUCAAACUGUGACAAUUUGACAUAAAUUUUAUUAUGAUGUUUUCUGUAGCUAUUUGGAAUUUGCUUUUACUUCUGCUGGUAGAGUGGUAGUUUUCGUAUCAGGAAAUGCAGGUACAAGUACAGAGAGUAAAUCCUUCUACCAUAACAUCAGUUAGAGUUAGGGUCGCUAAUCCAUAAUGACAAUUUUAUUAUUGGUUUUAAAAAAUCUUUAAAUUCUUUGCAGGGUUUUUAUUUUGCUCAAACAUAAAUAUUGUGCAUUGGCUUAUGUAAACCACAGUAGUUAAUUAUUCAUUUUGUUCUCCUUGUUUGUGUCAGUGUGCUUUGUAAAUUUUUCUAUUUUUUAUUGAAACAAAGAAGAAAAGAAUUGAAUUGAUUGAUAUGCUCAUGUACAUGUAGUCCCGCCGGUACAUAUAUGUUGUUAAUAAUACUUUGGUAGUGUUAUUAAGUUCAGUUAUACCUAUGUAUAUAUUUUGACGUGUGUGGAUACAGACUAAUUAAUAACGCAUAUCUUGACAUAUCUUAAUGUCACCAUAAUUACCAGGUCAUCGUAUUGCAAUGUUUAAGAAUAUAUCUGAUUUAGAUACGUAAAGACGGACUGUAUUGCAUUCAAUGAUUUUCCAUUUUAUUUUCUUAAGUAUAGCGAAAAAAUGUGUGCAUGUUGUGUCUUUGUUAAACUUUAAAUACAUGUCCGUAUAAUCCAUCACCAAAUGUUAUUCUUGCCUUUCCGCGACAAUUCGAACUUCUCGUCCCUUUGGCGUAUUUCUUUUGCUAUGCAAGACACGUCAGUACACUCCCAUUAGAUGCAUAACUAGACACUUUCUGAGACAGGGUGUGAUGGUCAAUGUAUGAUUCCAAUCAUUGUUAGACAUUCUUUAUUUUCAGUCUUGAGUAUUUUUUUUUUUAUUCACCAAGGUUGAUUCGCACAAGCAUAUUGCUCACAACAUCAUGCAUAGUAUCGGCUUCCUUCUAGUUAUCAUAAUGUUUAUGUAUAAUCAUUCGGACAUGGUUUUGAUACUUCCAGUGGCCACAAAAUUCCUGGAUGCGCUUUGUACAUUACAGAGUGUUUGUUAGACACCGUCAAUGUUGUCUUCCGUAGACAUAGCACGAAAGGUCUUAUUUUCCGAAUGCUGCCAACCGUUCUCUAGAUUUUUCCGUUAGACAGUCAUAAAAUCUCUGGAAAUUGCCAAACCUUCUGCUUGUGGGCAUUACCAAAUAUACGGUCUGUAUGUUGUCAGAUGUUUAGUUUGUUGUCCUUGCCAAAGGUUAAGACUCAGGACGUUGCCAUGCCAAGUCCAAGUCUUAUUUACAAGUCAUUUUGAAGCUGCAUACUGUAACUUGGGUGAAAUUGUACUACCACAGCAUAGAAUCAGCGAUCGAUUUCCAUGCAUGACAUGGAUCCAUUUUGACUUUUGCAAAAGUUUCAGAUUGUUUGUUACGCUAUGCAUAGGUUACAACUGUGGUGUUGCUGUGAAGAGGUUACAAAUGUUGGCGUUACUAUGAAGAGGUGACAAAUGUUGGCGUUGCUAUGCAAAGGUUACAACUGUUGGCGUUGCUAUGCACAUGUUACAACUGUUGGUGUUGCUAUCCAUACGUUACAACUGUUGGUGUUGCUAUGCAUACGCUACAGCUGUUGGUGUUGCUAUGCAUACGCUACAGCUGUUGGUGUUGCUAUGCAUACGCUACCGUUUAAUAGGGCAUUAUGAUAUAUCAACAAGUCCGGGAAUAAUCAAGGAAUAUCACUAAAGACUUCUUCCCUUCUUCAUAUUUGCCUCUGAUUUUUGUUCUACCCCUUCAUCAUGUUAGCAAAUAUUUGUAUAUAUAGUGUCACAUGUAUGGGCCAGUGUGUAUAUUAUAUACAGUAGCAUUAGGAUAGUGUAACAAGAAUGCAAAUAAAUGGAAAGCAUUUCCAGCUAUACGA